UUGUUACGUACAUCACAAUUUUGCCAAAGUAUUCAUAGAGAUGUAAGGAACAGCUUCUGUGUUGUGCGGACCUCGUUAUCAUUAUUUUGUUAGUAAAAUAAUCUAUUUUUACCGAAAACGUGCUGGACUUAAAAUAAACCUCAUACGUAUCUUAAAAGCCCGAUAUUCACCCUACAUAAAGUUUUUAAGGAAAGGAUUUUCUUUAAAAGACAAUAAAUAAUUAAUAGGAUCUGAUUUACUCUCAGAAGUCUUUCUGUUGCUUUUUUUUUAUUGACUGAGAUAUAAUUCCAUUGCUAUUAAGAAGUGUGUUUUACAAUCGUGGUUUGUGCCGUCAUUUCAAAAUCUAUCUGGUCUGUGUGAUCUGUGUUUAGUGAACGCAGCCCAAGUGUUUACACUUUUUGUUACCCUGGAGACGAGUAAGAUUCAUCUACAUAUCAGGAUGUAGCUCAGCGAUUGGAAUACAACGGUAAAAUUACGUGAAUUUACAAUGAAAACAUGAUGAUGAAGACGUUGGACUUCACGGAUAGUACAUGUAGUAUGUGAAGCUGACUGGUUUUGCCGAGGACUGUGUUUGUUGUAUUUUCAGACAACCCGACAACAACAUGGCUAUCAACAAGCAGUGUGGCUUCUUGUGGGUCAGCGUCGUACUGCUUGCCUUUACCCAGUUGCAGCCUUCUGAAGCGACAUGCGCCCUGCCCAGUGAGAUCGAAGGAGUGUGGGAGGACUCCGUCAAAGGGUUACUCACCAUCAACAACUCCGUCAUCUCAGGGUACAACUUCCACACCUUCGGGAAUUUCACGCUCACUUGCUACCAGCAGAAUGACACCGUCUACAUAUUUGAAUCCUCCGAGUUUGAAUUCUUCAGCUUGAAUUUCACCGCCUACUUCUGCUGGAACUUCACAAAGGUCACAGAUGACCUGUUCUAUUAUUACGAAUAUGCAAACGAGCUCAAUAGCGCAGGCAACGAGAGAGUGAAGGUGUUGCUUCCAGCGUUCUUGAGAAUCUACGACGACAUCUGUGCUAACACAGAUGUGGGUCUCGGGACCUACAGAGUCUUGUUUCGGGAAGGUACCCUCACGGACGCGAUCUCGCCGUGCCCCACACCGCUCAGCGCACACUACAACUACUCUGUGCACGACCCUGGCGGGGGGAACACUUGCGCUGCCAGCAUGAACAACCUUGACAUUUGCAGUAACACAUCGGCCUUUGCUUUCAAUGGAUCCGACUGUACCACAUACUUUUCCUACUCAGACGCUGGUUCGGUCAACUGCUUGUUCGCCAUAGAAGACAACGGCAACGAUUUGAUCUACAUGACUGUCUACAACGAUGGGACCGUGGACAACAGCAAAACCUACAGGACUACUUGUCUCGUCCUGAGCCUUAGUGACCCCAGCACUGUGGUAGGCACCCAGUACCCUGGUCAAUGUCCUAACGCAAUGAACGCGACCUACACAGUGUCUCCGGGGGCAAACGUCUACUGGCAACAAAUGAGUGGCUGCUCCGCGGAAGAAUUUCCAUGGUGGGUCUUGGGGCUGGUUGCUGGACUUCUGCUCAUUGCCCUUCUCAUCAUUAUACUGUGCUGCUAUAAGAAGAAACAUGAGGAAAAGAAGAAGAAAAGACUUCUGGACGACGAGGAUGGACGUUACGAUCCAGACAGAUCCCCCCGGGGAGAGAGACCCCCUUACACAACUAUCACCAUUAUGGGUGGUCGCAGAAAGGGGAAAGAUGGCCGCUAUCUAGCCGAUGGAGAGGAUGAUGAACCACCCAAGAUCAAACGACCUAAAUCGGAGGGAAAACACCGUAGAUUCGACAGCCGGAAGAGGGUAUGGGUCAUCGACAAGGAAGGGAAAGUCAAGAAAAUCUGGAAAAAAGACAGAGAAUCUCCAGACAGUGGGGUUGAGGAAGAUCAGGUGGACGGAGGCAGCGCUGGUCAGUCUCCGGGGAGCAAGGAUGGGGAGAAUGAAGACGAUGAUUUCUCCAAGAGACACGGCAGGAAGGAGUUGAAGAGCGCCAAAGAGAUCGAGGAAAAGGGAGACAGGAACAAGAACAGCGCCAAACUCGGCAAAAAGAUCAAAGGAAUGGUCAGCUCUCGGAAGUCUGCUCGUUACCGCUCGGCCAAGUCCGCCAGGAAGUCUGGCCGAAAGAGGAAGUCGGCUGUCAAGAAAGAGCCUGAGGACGAUGGUGAGAGGAGCUGGGGAAGCAGCGACGGCGAGUACGAGAAAGUGGACAUCGACACAGGCAGAGAGGUCGACGAUAACAAAGUCAAUGAAAAACUUGAAGGCGGAGGAGAGGGGACAGCGACUGCUGCAACUGUCACAGUUGUCUCUGAGACUGACGGGAAAGGCGGGAAAGGGAAAGUGGUUGGAAAGGGGAAAGGCAAAGGGAAGCAAACCAAGGGUAAAAAAGCGGAGGAGGCGAAGGAAGCGAAAUACGAAGUGAAGGAUGACGUGAAGAAGGAAGAGGUCGGUAAAGUCACUAAGGAGGUUACUAUGGACGCUACCGACCCUAAGGUUAUCGCGGCCACGUCAGAUGGCGACACACAGCCCAAGGUGGACAGUAAGAAACAAGCCAAGGAACUUGAAUUAGAAAAGAAGAAAGAAGAAAAGAGACUACAAGAGGAAAAGAAAAAGGAAGAGAAGGCGAAGAAGCUUGAAGAGAAGAAGAGGCUUGAGGAAGAAAGGAAAGAACAACAACUAAAGAAACAGGAAGAGCAGAAAAAACUAGCAGAAGAAAGGCAACAAGAGAUGCAAAAGAAACAAGAGGAAAAGAAAAGGCAACAAGAAGAGAAACGACAGGAGAUGUUGAAAAAACAAGAGGAGCAGAAGAGGCUCGCAGAAGAGAAAAAGCAGGAAAUGUUGCAAAAGCAGGAAGAGCAGAAGAAGUUGGCAGAAGAGAAACGGCAGGAGACGCUGAAGAAUCAAGAACAACAACAGACGGAGUCAGAACAGAAGAAGGAAAAUGAGAAGAAGGAGCAAGAAGAGCAAACAAAGGAAGAUGGGAAGAAGGGAAAAGAUGAUGAUAACAUGGAACAGAAGGAGGAAAAGAAAUCUGAGGAAGAAAAACCCAAGCAAGGAGAAGCAAAAGACGAUGGCAAGAAAGGUCCUAGUAAAAGCAAAGACGGGAAAGGCAAAAAGGAGGUCACGAAGAGAAUUGAUGACGGUCGGAAAGCUAUUACAGGAGCUGCUGUUAUCGUGGUGGGACCCAAGGGGAAAGAUGUGAAAGGCAAAGGCAAAGAAGAUAAAACGACCGCCGCCAAGACUGAGAAAGAACCAGAGAAGAAAACAAAGAAAUCACCGGAUGACAAGAAAAAGGAGGAGGAUAAAUCUGGAGCUAGAGGAGGAGACGAGGAAACUGAAGAUGCUGCCGGAGAGGUUAUGGCAACGGCGGCAAUAGCAGGGGCCGUGGCAGACGAGAAAGACGCAAAGACGAAAAAAGAGGAGAAAGCAAAGAAACCUCAAGUUAAAGAAAAGGAGAAAGUUUCAGAAAAGACGACCCCUCAAGAAAAAGACAAGGAAAAGAAAGCUGUGGAAGAGAAGAAAACCCAAGAGAAAGGAAAAAUACAAGAGAAGAAAGAUGCUAAAGGUGCUACUAAAGAUAAGGCGAACGACAAAGAGAAGGAAGAGGAGAAAAAGACAGAAGAGAAGACGACGGGAAAAGCUGGAAAACCGUCAACUGACGUCGCCCCUCCCCCUCCAGAGCCACCGUCCCGUGAGCCGACUUUAUCCGCGAGCAUGAAGCCCAGGCGAGAACAGAGCAUUGUCUUAGACUUGGAUAAGUCAAGAACAGAUAUGUCUCCAGGAGAUCAGCGUCCUCCAACGACGUCACCUGGAGAAGGCGAGAAAGCUCUGGAGGUUGUUGCAGAGUUGGUGGAAACGGCUAGGAGUCUCAUGGAAGGGCGAGGGGGCGAGGAGGAAGGAGAUGCACCAAAGAAAGAUGAGAAAGGAAAGAAGAGUCCAAAGGAGAAACCCGGGGUGACGAAGAAGCCGUCAAAAGAUGCCACUGAAAAGGACAAGAAGAAGGAGGCAGGAGAGAAGGGAGCAACGCCGACCGAUAAACAGAAGUCGGUGAAAGAGAUUAACGUGGAAGAAGCGAGACCAGACUCCAAAACAGACUCCGCUAAUGACGACAGCUUCAAAGACGCACCGAAAGACGAGAAGGAAGUGGACGAUAGCGAUGAAAGCAGCUCAGAGGAAGAUGUUGUACAGAUGAGGAGGAGGCCCAAACCUCAAGGCUUUAUGAUGCCAGGUGACAAUAUGACUUCCACCUUCCAAAAGACUGGGGAAAUCAUCAACGCCAAACCUGUGAAAGCGAGGCGGCAAAGGAGAACGGCUCGAAAGGUAGAAGGACUUCCCAACAGGACAAACCAAGCCUUCGGCCUUGCACAGCAGCCAAAAGCCGGCCAAAAACCUCAAGACACGACUAAGGGAGCACCCAUCGAGGUGAAGCCUAAAUCAGUUAAAGAUCUCCCUGCCGUGAAAUCUCACCAGCCGAUGACCAUCAAAGACUUGACCAAGAAGACGCCUCAGGAGAAGGCGGAGAUUAGGUCUCGAGGCCGCACGCCGGUCAGAGGUGCCAGUGUGGAGGAGGCCAGAUCUGACUCGUCCAUGACACCGCGGGCAAAGUCUAUGAGCCCCAGCAAUUCGAAACAAGUGGAUGGACGAAGGGUCAGUUCACCCUCACCUUCACCUUCACCUAUCCUGGUCUGGACUUCGCGCCAGGACGACGGCGGACCCCAGAUGUUCCCUGACCUCCGCAUGGAGGGCUUGGUCCACAGUGAGGGAUCAGGCUCCAAUGGUACCCCGGAACCGCUCCUGACGGACCGCCAAGGCAUGCUGCUGGCUGGCAGACCGCCCACACAACACACCUUUGUCCGACCAAGCAGAGAGGGCUCCGCUGCUCCAUCGGGAGGAGGUUUUACCCGAUCCCACUCAGAGAGGAAGCGAGCACCCCACGCUGGUGACUCACAUAGGUCUGGCCACGACUCCAUCCCGAGCAUCGAUUCCGAAGAGAAACGAUUUGUGAAGUUCAAGGAAGAUGUGCUUAAACAGCUGGGAGAGCUGGGUGACAAGGACAUGAAUGCCAUCUUGUACCCGAGGGUCAAGCGGUACCCGGAGGACGAGGGGCCACGCCGCGGAGAACCCUCCUACAAGUCGAUGAACGCCCUGCAGAGAAUACACAAGAAGAAAUACCGACAGGUGGUGCCGGAGAUGCCAUUGGGUCUACCUCCGAUACGUGGAGCGUACGGCAAGAUGAUCGACGACUACGACGACGUGGACGACCCACGUAUGAGAGGUCUGCUGGAGGAGCUGUACAAGGACAAGAAGUUCCUCGACAAAAAUCUGCAAGAGCCGGAAGCUGACGAGGACGCUUUUAUCCGGGACCGCGCCCAGGCUGGGCGCCAGUACCUGCUGAACCGCGCCAGAUUCUGGUCCACGCAACAGCCGUUGGUCAGGCCAGGCACCACGACGGGCGGAACCAGGACCAACACAGCUCAGUUGUCCAGAGGAGGCUCCUCUCACAGGUCAAGGUCAGAGGAGAGGUCGCACGAGCAGGAGAAUCCUAAGUCCUCUUAA